AUGACAACGUAUUUGUUCAAGCAAUUGGACUACCUGAACAAUACAGAGUGGCGUGCCGACUUCAUUUUCGUGUUUACAUUUGCCAACUGCACUGUGCUGUUAUUCACUUUGUUUGUGGGCCUCGUCGCUAAUGUCUUCGUAGUGUGGGCAGUGAUCCGUCAGAAGUCAUUACAGACGUCCAACAACGCGCUCUUGGUGAAUCUCGCUAUCAUCGAUCUUCUCCGGUGCGUGGUCGACUGCCCCCUACUUCUGACCAUUGAACUGCGGGGAUACGGGAUUGGUCAGUCGGGUGACUUGCUAUGUGAUGCGCAAAUGGCAUCGUUUUCCGUCGGCUGCUGCGUCCAGCUACUCACCUUGGCCAGCAUCAGCGCAGAGCGAUACCAAGCCGUAGCCAACCCUUUUGAAAAUAAGAAGCGGCGAAUACGGAUUGCGGUGUUGAUUAUUCUGACGUGGACUGUGGCGUUACUCUUGUCAGUUUUGUGCAUGAGUCGUCCAAGAGAUUCGCCAAUAUAUAUGAAAUGUAAUGGGAUACACAGAGAGAGCCUGCCUGCCAACGACACUUUUGGACGAUAUAUUUUAAUUCCAAUUUGGACAGGUUGUUUUUCUGUCAUAACUGGCUUCUAUGGCCGCAUAUAUUGGAUAGUAAGGACGCACAACAAGAAAAUAUUUGACAAAGGGGUUUUACCUCCUCCCAAGAAGAAACCUGAAAUUGUUGUGGAUGAUGGAAAAACAGCCGAGGCUAGAAACAGUAAAUUGGAAGACGAACCUAAGAAAACAGAAAAUUUUAAGGUUGAGACGCAGAAAGAGGAUUCUCCCCCCGUGGCGGCCGCCAAACUUUCUGAAGUUAUUGAGAUUAAAGAGCGUACUUCGGACCGAUUACAGGCGGGAACUGCCAAGAAAACUAUGCUUACAAUACCCGUUAUCUCUGUGGAUGCAGCAACCAGUUGCUCCCCAUCAGUUUCAGCCGCUAACAGCUCUCCCUUCAUGACGGCCGCCAAACAGCCUGAAGCUAUUGAGAGUAAAGAGCGCGCUUCAGACCGAGAUGAAAUGUUACAGACUGAAACUGCAAAGAAAACCACACCUGAAAUACCUGUCAUCUCAUUGGACGCCACAGCCGGUUGCACGGCAUCCCCCGAAGUAGUCAUGAAGAAAGACUGUCAACCAGCUCCCGCAGGUAUGACGCUAGAAAACAAGACGGUUUCCUUCGAGGCCAAAACGAGUGUUCACGCGGCGUUGACAGAUCUGGAAGGGAGUACAAAAAUGGCAAGUGAGCCGGAUCCUAAAUCAACGGUUGACGUUAAAGUAGAAGAGGUUCCGUCUUUACCAGCGGGGGAAGCACCCAAAACAGACGCUCAGCCAAAUCCACCUGCUGCGCAGGAUGACCAGGAGGUGGCCGGCGCUGUGUGCAUGAUGCCGUCCCAGCUCGGCAAAGAGAGGGCGAGCAAAAAAAAGGAGGGAAAGCUGGCCAAACGCUCGGGCUAUAUCAUACUCACGUUCGUCUUGUUCUGGACUCCGCUCAUCGUGUCGAUACUGGUCAACUUCUUCGUACACAGAAACGGUACUGAACCAGUAAGUGUCCUCCUUUAA